AUGUGCACAGAUUAUACGGACUUAAACAAGAACUGCCCUAAGGAUCCUUAUCCGCUUCCCAACAUUGACAAGCUCGUUGAUGGAGCAUCAGGACAUGCGUUGCUAAGUCUAAUGGACGCAUACUCAGGUUACAAUCAGAUAAGGAUGCAUUCGGAGGAUAAUCCAAGGAGAAACAUGGAUGUAUAUGUGGAUGAUAUGGUUGUGAAAACGCUAGCGGGCGGAGCACAUGAGACAGAUCUCGCCGAGGCAUUCGGGGAGCUGCGGAAGCACAAUGUUCGCUUGAACCCAGAAAAAUUAACAGAUACCGCAGUAAGUUCGGUGUUGAUUCAGGAAAUCGAGGGGCGGCAGAACAUAAUCUACUUUGUCAGCAGGGCCUUGCAGGGAGCCGAAGUAAGGGGAGCAAUUAAGGGUCAUGUGCUAGCUGAUUUUGUAGCAGAACUCACACCCGCCACAGCACCAAGAGAGGGAGCGACUUGGGCAUUGUCAGUCGACGGAUCCUCCAAUACUGCAGGCAGCGGGGCGGGUGUAGUUCUAGAUGGGCCAGGAGAUAUUCAAAUUGAGCAAUCUCUGAGGUUUGAGUUCAAGGCGACAAACAACCAGGCAGAAUAUGAGGCUCUCAUUGCUGGUUUGAAGUUGGCUUUAGACGUGGGGGUAAAUAUUUUGGCAAUAAGAAGUGACUCACAGGUGGUUGGGAAGCAGGUUGUGGGAACUUACCAGGUGCGAGACGAGCAGUUGGCGAGGUACCUGGUAAUCGUUAAACAGUUGAUGACUCAUUUUGACAAAGUGGAUAUAGAACAUGUCCCGCGGGAGAAAAAUACCAGAGCAGAUGUAUUGGCUAAGUUGGCGAGUACAAGAAGGCCGGAAAACAAGAAAUUUGUCAUUCAAGAAACGUUGUCGGGACCUAGCGUCGACGACGAGUCAAUCAUGCUUAUAGAUGAGCCACCCGAGUCGUGGAUGGAUCCAAUUUUUAAAGUUUUAAAGGACGAGCUUGAUGCAAGCACCAUUAGCCGAAAGUUGAGGCACGAGGCAAGCCACUACACUUUGGUGGCGGGGCAGCUUUACAGGCGGAGCCACACUCAUCCUAUGUUGGCGUGUGUACCCGAGGACCAAAUCGAAAGGAUAAUCAGCGAGAUUCACGAAGGAGUGUGUGCGUCUCACAUUGGGGCCAGCUCUUUGGCGGUUAAAGUCUUGAGGGCAGGAUUCUAUUGGCCUACUUUGAGAACUGAUUGCAAGAGGUAUGCAAAGAAGUGCGAGAAGUGCCAGCUCUUUGCUGAUUUUCACAAGGCUCCCCCGGCGGAGUUGACCACAAUGGUGGCUCUCUGGCCCUUUGCAAUGUGGGGAGUCGAUUUAGUCGGGCCCUUCCCUGAGGCCAGGAGUCAAACGAGAUUCAUAUUGGUAGCAGUUGACUAUUUCACGAAGUGGAUCGAGGCGGAAGUCCUCACUAGUAUCGGAGCCGCCAAGAUCAAAUCUUUCUACUGGAGGAAAUUGGUGUGCAGAUUUGGAAUUCCCUCAGUUAUUGUAUCCGAUAACGGAACACAAUUUGGAAGGGCUGGGGAUCCAGCAGAGGUUCUCGUCGGUGGAGCAUCCCCAGACAAAUGGUCAGGUGGAAUCCGCGAACAAAGUAAUAUUGAAAGGGCUUCAUUGGUCUAUGGAGAGGAUGCCAUGAUUCCAGUAGAGCUAAGUAAAGAUACAUGGCGCGUCGCAAUCUUCAAUGAAGAGGAAAAUGAAGCUAAUUUGAAGGCGAGUCUGGACCUUCUUCCUGAAGUUCGUGAAGAGGCCCAUUUAAGAGAGGCGGUUGUGAAGCAGCGAGCUGCCAGGAGGUACAAUGCGAAGGUGGUCCCGCGACAAAUUGAAGAGGGAGACUUGGUGCUGCGAUGA